CUGUGCACAACGACCCAUUAGAGGAGCAGAGAUAGCGAGACUGGCGCAAUUGCCUUUUCCUCGCUUCUUCUUUCCUUGCCCAUCGAAGGACCACUCCUUAUGUCCAACAGCAGCCUGGCGGCCGUGCAUGACCCAUCGACGAGCACGAAUAGCACAAGCACCAGCAGCACGGGCUCCUCGAUGCAUCAACCGUCCAACAACCUCGCAAGAGGCGCUUGGCGCAGCGGCGGCGCUUCAUCGGGUCCAUUCACCGUCGAUGGAGGCGGAGGUGGUGGACCGUCUACCUCGUGGCAGCAGCCUCACACUGGUAGCUACAGCAACAGCAUCAGCAACAGCAGCCACCCGCUAGGAGGAGCAGGAGGACUAUCUCUGAACACGGGCUUGGCAGCAAGCAACGGCGAUAUAGGCUCGUUUGCAACGCCAUCGUCCUCCUCCUCUACGCCUUCGAUCCACGGCUGGAACGACACCGCACACAAGCAGGCUGGCUUCCAUCCGUCGGCGUAUUCGGACGGUUCUCACAUGGGUCAUCCACAGGCGAGCCAUCCGGCCUCUCCGACUGGCCGCAUGCCCAUGCAGCAGCAAUCGCAACAGCAGCAGCAGCAGCAGCAGCAGCAGCAGUCAGGCAUGUCUCUGCUCUCCCAGGCUUUGCAGGCCAACCUGGCCCGUCAGCAAUCCUACCCGUCCCAGCACCAGCAGUGGAACAAUGGCCUGUCGACGUCGCCGACCACAGCGGUGCCACCGUCUACACCGUUCUACUCUCCAUUUCCCACCAGCUAUGGAUCGUCUCAGCCACAGCCCCCCGCCACUGCGUUUACGCACAGCAGGCAGGCUAGUGGCAGCCAGUCGCACUAUUCCAGCGUGCCGAGUGCCGAGCACUCGCGGCCCCACACGCCGCUCAAUUCUGACCCACAUCAGCAGCCAUUGAGCUUUGGGUCAGCCAUGUCAGCGGGAGGUGGCGGCGGCGGCGGCGGAGGGACCUGGUCCAAUGGCCAGCCUGUGCCCGGCGCCUUCCAGCAGUAUCGCACCAAUGCUCCCCUCGACAUUCAGUCGCCAGAUCUCCAUGCAAGCGCAGGCAUGCAAGGCUAUCUGAGCCCCAUGACGCCUUUCGACGCUGGUCCCUCUUCGUCCUCCUCGGCAGCAGGUUCGAAGUCAGUGGGCGGUAGCGGUAACGGUGUCGGCAACAACAGCAACAACAACAACAAAGCCCUGCCAGGCUCAGCUAGCUCAGGCAGCAGUGGCAGCAGCAGCGGUCCCAAUGCCUUUUCCAGCGACGCCUCGUCCCUCCUGGCCGCAGGCCCAGCAGCACACUUUGCCGCGGUACGGCCCAGGCGGGGCUCUGCUGGCGUCGACGGCGCUGACGACGAGGAAGAUGCCAACGCAGACCCAGAGGAAAUGGCCAAGAAGGACCCACUGGCGACGCAGGUUUGGCGCAUGUACGCCAAGCAACGCCAGACGCUCCAGAACGGGGCGAGAAUGGAGAACAUUACCUGGCGCAUGAUGGCGCUCACGCUGCGCAAGAAGCGAGAGCAAGAGGCAGCCGCAGCGGCCGCCGCCGCUGCUGUCGGCGCUUCUUCUUCAUCCAACGGCGAUCUUCGCACUCCCUCCGAGGGCACCUCGCUCCAGACUUCGCCCACCUCGGUCAGUAGAGUCUCCCUGGCAGACUCGCGCCGUAGCAGCGGCUCCCACAGCGAGCGACCCGAGGUGUCUGCACCUGGCACAGGGCCUUUCCACGGCAUGACUUCGAUCGAGCAGCAGCAGCAGCAGCAUCAUCACCACCACCACCAGCAGCCACGCCUGACAAAGGGCAAGACGAGAUUCGCUGAGGUAGUCGAGGAGGAGGAACGAGGCCGCCGGGGAAGGAGCCCACGGACACCCGAGAGUUCCUCGACGACGACCGGCACCGGUGGCCCCACGCCGGCAACCGACGAAGAGUCGAUGGACUGGCGAGGAAAGAGCCAGAGCCGUUCGCGCUCGCGCUCUGUCGGUGCCAUGGACUGGCGAGGAGCCAGCCGUUCGCGCUCACGUGCGCCCCAGGGCCGCCUGUCGACGAUGGCCGAGGAGCCGUCUGCCUCGUCGUCGAUGGACGCUAGCAACCUGCUCAGCCAGUCGGCGCCCAACAGCAGCGGCUUCAGCUUUGCCGACCUCACCGCCUUUGAUGGCCACAACCUCGACGGUGUGCCCGAUCUUCUCUCCCUGGGCCAGCUUCCCAUGCCUACGUACGAGACGUCGAGCUCGAGCGCAAACGAGAAUGCUUCGUCGUGGCUGCAAGGCCCCUCGAGAACGGGCCCGCCGGGCACGAACAGGAAGACGCAGAUGCAGGAGGCCUUCAAGGACGCGGCCCACACCGACCUAUUCGCAGGCAGCAUGGCCUCGGGUGCGCACCAUCCUCGCUCCACCACCUUUGACGAUCGAAACGUCCCCUUCUUCCACGGUGGCGGCAAGAAGACGAGCUGGGACAUGUCGUCGAUUGGAGCGGCCAACAUGAUGGGUGCUCCCUACUCGCACCUUGGAAGUGUACCUGGCAUUGCAGACUACGUGGGCCACUCGGCCAACCAGCACCCAGAGUACGGCUUCUUGCCUCGGCUGGUGCGCAAGACGAGCUUCGACCACAAGGUCAAGGAUCGCAGCCUGUCCCGUGGGCCAUCGCGCAAGGAAGAGCAUGACGAGGCACACGACGCCGCGGCCGCCGAAGUCAACAGCCGCAAGCGGCCCUAUGAGCCUUCGCCCGCUCGUCCAGCCGUGCCUGUGUCGUCGGACGAGAGAAUCGCCGCGGGUCUCUCUCGCAAUCUCCCUUCGUUUGCCUCGCAGUCGUCGACGUUCCUCAACGCCGUGCCGACCUCCUCGUUUGACUUUGCGGUGCCCUCGACGACUGGUUACCAUUUCUCGCCGGCUGCCGGUGGACCAGGAGCGGGCUCUGCGGCUGCCGCCGCCGCCGCCGCAGCAGCAGCAGCAGCAGGUGGCUCUGGCUCCGAGAGCGGGGCAACAGAUGCGAGCGGCAACAACAACGUGGAUCUCGAGGCCAUCAUGCACAUGUUCUACGGCGGUGGCGUUGGUGGUGACGACCAGCAGCCCACUCUGACGCACAUCAACCCCAACCAGGUCUUUUCGCAGAUGGGCCCCACGUCGAUCGAGGGUAUGCAGGCUCUCAAUGGUCUUGUGCCUGUCGACGACGCUGGCUCAGCGUCGUCGCCCGCCUGGUCAUACAGCCCCGGCAGCACGAACAACCAGUCGCCUGCUGAGACGCCGCCGCCGCUGAGCAGCAUCAGCAACUCUUACCAGUCUUCGCCCCUGGCCUCGGCCUUCAAUGAUGCACCCACGGGCAUCCACGCAAGACAGGUAUCGGCAGCCGGUGAUGCGUCGAGGAAGAGCGGCGGUCCUUCUCGAUCGAGCAGCUCGGGCAAUCUUGCCGGUGGUGGGGCCAAUGCCAAGGCGAACGGCAAGGCAGACGCAAAGAGUGGCAAGGGCGCAGGAGCAUCAGCGGCGAGCAAGUCGGGGGCCAACGCAGCCUCCAAGGGCGGUGCUGCAGGCGGCGGAGGUGGCACGCAGUCCAAGUCGGAUCAUGUCAGCAUGGCGACGGCCGAUCCGCCGACGGUGUGCUCCAACUGCAACACGACCAAGACGCCACUGUGGCGACGAGACCCCGAGGGUCAGCCGCUCUGCAACGCCUGUGGCUUGUUCCUCAAGCUGCACGGCGUCGUGCGACCGCUGUCGCUCAAGACAGACGUCAUCAAGAAGCGCAACCGCACCGGUGGCGCUGGUGCGACGGCGGCAGCAGCAGCUGCGGCCGCAAAGGACGGCUCCUCCCAGUCGAAUGGCAGUCGAUCCGGGCAGUCUACGACGCCGACGUCGGCAACGACUCCAACGCACUUUGCCUCGCAGCAGCAGCACCAGCAGCUCAACAAGCAGCACCAGCAGCCGCCCCUUGCUCAUGCUGGCGGCAGGACCGUCUCCUACCACAACGGCCCAAUGCCCAUCGCGCCCGCUCCUCCCACGCUUGCGCCGGCCGCUGGAGCCGACAAGCGUCAACGCAGAGAUACCAAGUGAUUAAUUGAUAUUCAUGUCACAUUCACAUUCCAUAAACGACCCCUUUUACAGCCACUGCUACCUACUACUACUACUAGAUUUAUAGAGUUUCCUUUUUGUUCCCUCCUCAUGAUCGACCGACCAUCUCACUGUUGUCCUAGCUUUCCUGGUCUCGCUAUCUCUCACCUCUCCGUCUUGGUCUCACUCUCAUCCUCUCUCAUCCUCUAUCU